AUGACCGCCAUCGAUUUCGAAUCAUCCGGUCAGCGCAUCGACGUCAGCCUCGAGGAUGUGGCCGCGAUGGCUCUACUGUAUGGAUUCGAGAGGCCCGGACCUCAUUCCGACACCAAACCAGCAGCUCAACGCGCCAACCUCUCCGAUUUCUUCAACGUUUACGGCGUCAACGCGUUCUCUAAGUUCAAGGACAAGUUCCGAAGGGAGACGCUGCUGCCUCCAGAGGAGCAGAAAGCCAUGGAACAACAGAAGGCAAUCGACGCCGAGCUGAACAGGUACAAGUUUCCCGAAGUCACCGAUGCGGAGUUCAAGAGCGCCCUCGAGCAGCACGAUCGCAUGAACAGGAAGUGGAGGAUCUUCAAGAAGCCCGGCGGCGUCGCCGUCAGGCCCGAGAUCUUCUACGAGAUCCUGGGCGCCAAGAUGCAAAUCGAGAGCGGCGACUGCACCGAGGAAGAACCUCAGUGGAACGAUCUCGGCGCGGUCGAUUACAUCGGCAAAGCGAUUUGGAGAGGUCACACAGGCUGGAAGGGAAAGUCGAAGGAAGAGGCCAUGGCCGGAUUCGUCGCUCUGAGCAAGAAGGCAAAGCACAACUACUCCGACAACUUCUUCGUCUGAUGA